AUGGAGCUGCCCCUCUGGAUGUGGCUGGUGCUCUCGGUAGGGGUCUGCGUGGCUCAGGGGGCACCAGAGCCCCUGUGCCCACUUCGAGGGGAAGAGGCGUGCUACCAGGUGGUGCAGAGGCUGGCGAGUUUCCAAGAAGCGCAUCAGUGGUGCGAACGGCAACAAGCCCGGCUCCUCCGCUCGUGGGACCAUCGCACCCAGGAGCUUCUGCAGGGCCACCUGGAACUGAGGACCAGCAUCUGGAUUGACUCAGGGGCACAGGCGCCUCAUGAACACGGGCACCACCGGCACCACCACGGGGGUCUGCCCCAUGGUUGCAAGGCCCUCCUCCGGACCGGAGACGGUUUCCUCGCCACGACGGAGGCUUGCUCUCAGAAGCUGUUCUUCGUCUGCGAAUCUGCCACAGACCCUCCGAGACCCUCCGGAGCCGAGACCCUCAGCAGCACCCCAACGCCGGCGCCGCCCACCCGACCCACCCCUGGCACCCAGCCUCUCCGAGGAACCCAGCCAGGACCCAGCACCGCACGGGAGGAACCUCUUGACCACCAGCUGGGAACCAGCACCCUUGGCCGGUCAGACACCCCUGAAUCGACCCCAGGCGUGCCCUCUGAACUCAGCACGCAGGUGGACGGCCGCCUCGGGUCCGAGUCAGAGCCGCCCUCCACGAACGCCUCCCCCCCAGGGCCUGGCUCCAGCCCUCGGGCCGCUCCCACUGACCAGUCGGCGGCGGGCAGCACCACCGAGCGCCCAACUCCUUCACCCCCACCCCCUUGGGCCUCCUUCACCUUCAGGCCCCAGGAGGGUCUUCCGCCUGAGGCCAGCCGGCAGAUGCUGGAGGAGACACUCAGUGACUUCAACCGCGCGGUCCAGACCUCGCAAGAAGGUCCACAGGGGCUGGAGGAGGCCGCUGAGCGCCUGAAGCUUCUCACCAGUACCCCGGCUCUGCUCUCCAAGGAUGCUCAGGCCUCGGCCACCCACUCCCUCCUGUCCUUGAGCUCUCGGCUACGAACGGUCCCUCCUGGUCUUCUUGCUGCCGACACAGCCCGGCCGAGCUCUGAGGCCACUGCGGCUGCCUCCCAGGCGCUCUUCGGGUGCUUCAGCAACCUCCUGCAGGCCAUGAACGAGUCCAGUGGGGAGCAGCAACAGGAGCCAGCCGCCCUGGAAGAGACGCUCUCCGCACUGCCUCUCAUCCAGCGAGGGCUCCUGCUGGGCCGAUCCUCCGUGAGCGCCGUCUCUCCGAUGCUCAGCACCAGCCUUAGCCGCUGCAGCGCUCCUUCCUUGCCUCUCAGCUCUUUCCACCUGCACCUCCCAAAGGCCAUGAGCGUCACCUUCCCGUCUGCCUCGGCGCUGGCACCUGUACUGGGGAAGCACCGAAAGGUGCUGGUCCAGGUGGCCUGCUUUGCCUUCAAUCCCUUUAGACAACUGGAUGGGAAGCGGAUGAAGAGCGUGGCCAACGUGGCCCUCGCCGCCCACCUGGAAGAGCCGCUCCCUGUUCAAAACCUCACAGAGGAGAUUGAGAUUGCUCUCGAGGGAGACACAGAGAUGGGCGAACCCUCGAGGGUCAGCUUGAACGCGAGCGCUCGGAUGCUCGAUAUCGUGGUAAACGUGACGUCGCUGGAGGAUGCUCUCCUGGUGUCCGUGAGACCCAACGCGCCCCUCCAGAUCACCGUGCGCCUGAGCGCCCACCCCGACGGCAGCCACGAGCUCCUUAACACCACGUUGCCCAGAGCGGAAUGGCAACAGGACGGGGCCUACGUUUGGGUGAUUCCCCCGGAGAACUUCCGCCACGGCCUCGGCACCUACUACUUCUCGGCUGAGAUGCCCUCCCAAGUUCAUGCAAACGUCACCCUCUCCGUGGACGUCAUCAGCGCCGGGUGCUACUACUGGGCCCGCCAGCAUCAGGCCUGGAGAACCGACGGAUGCCGGGUGGGACCCCAAAGCACCCUCAACCGGACGCAGUGCCUCUGCAGCCACCUCAGCUUCUUCGGCCGCGUGGUCAUCAUCCUCCCACAUAUCAUCCGCCUCCAGCACAUGGGCCUGCUCCUGAGCCGAGUGGGCCAGAAUCCGACCGGGUUGGCCCUGCUGGGCAGCCUCUUGCUGGCCUAUGGGGCUGCCUUCCUUUGGGCUCGCUGGAAGCAGAGGGCGGAUGUGGGGAAGGUGAGGGUCACAAUCCUGGCUGAGAACGACCCCACUGCCUGCCACCUCUACCUAGUCCAGGUCUUCACGGGUUAUCGGCGAGGGGCGAGCACUUCUGCUCAGGUCAUCCUGACCCUGUAUGGGACAGAGGGCCGAAGUCGGCCACGCUUGCUGGGACACCCCCAGGCACCCAGUUUUGAGCGCGGAGGAAUGGAUGCCUUUCUCCUCACCACACGGAGGUCCUUGGGUAACCUCCAUGCUGUGCGACUCUGGCAUGACAACGCAGGACCCCAUCCCAGCUGGUUUGUAUGCCGGGUGGUCGUCCAUGACCUGCACACCGGGAAGCGGUGGUAUUUCCUGUGUGACUCUUGGCUGGCCUCUGACAUGGACGACGGUCAGGUGGACAAGGUCUUUGUGAUCGCCUCUGAGAAGGAGCGCCUGUCCUUCAGGCACCUGUUUUGGGAAGGGCUGGUGCAAAAGGUGACCCAGGAGCACCUCUGGCUGUCAGUGGUGACCUGCUCUCCCUGGAGCCCGUUCUCACGCAUCCAGAGGCUCUCCUGCUGUUUGGCUGUCCUCCUCUGCUCCAUGCUUAUCAACAUCAUGUUUUGGAAAGAGCCACAAGAAGACAAUCAGCAGACAGAGGCACCUUUUAUGGUGACGUGGCAGGAGCUGGUGGUGAGCGUGGAGGCCACCCUCCUCCUGCUUCCCCUGCAGCUGCUGAUUGUGCACAUCUUCCAGAUGGUCCAUGCCCCAGUCCCGGAGCCCUCUCCUGCCACCGUCAAGCCCUGGCAGCCUGGGUUGCUCCCUAAAUCCGUGACUUCCCUCACGCACGUCCAUCAGGAACUGAUGGAGACCCUGGGCUUCCUCUACAAGAACCGCCUCUGCCAGCACAGGGACGUAGACGGGUUCCCCAACAGUAGGCAAAACGUGCCAGAGCUGGUGGCCUUCCUGUGUGACCUUGUCAGUUCCCACCUCCAGCACUCAGAGGACCCAGAAGCCCCCCUUCAGGAGAGAUCCUGCAACCUCCACAGCUACCUCUGCCACGUGGUGAAGGACUUGGAGGCUCAGCUCCGGCGCCUGGAUUGGGACACCCUUCCUCGCCCCUACGACCAUCUGCAUGCUGCGGAUCAGUUGCACAAACUCUGGCAGAACCUGGAACAGCAACAGCAACGACAGCAACCAUCACCUCAUCCCAGCGCAGAGGAGACGUGGAGGUUCGGCAUCAUCUGCUGGGCUGUCUUAGGGACCCUCAGCCUCAUCGCUGGCUUCUUCACUCUGCUGUACAGCCUCCGAAUGGAUCGGAACCAGGCUGGGCACUGGGCUGUCACCAUCCUGUUGUCCACACUGCAAAACGUCUUCCUCAUGCAGCCCCUGAAGGUGUUGGCCUUGACCGGCGUCUUCUCACUGAUGCGCAAGGAGACGUGGGAGGACAAGGGAGUGGAGCAGCAGCUCCGUCACGUGGUCUGUCUCCUCACAGAAAAGCAUCUACGUCCUGAAUCUCCCGGCUGGGGAGCUUGGGCCGGCCCCUUGCACAGACCCCCUCCCCUCCAGCCCUCGGCGCGACCCACGGAGCGGGCCCUGAAAGAGAAGAAGCUGUUCUUGGCAGUGAGAGAGAUUGCAGUGCAGCUCGCCUUCCUGGCUGUGUUGAUGGUGCUCAGCUACACGGAAAGGGGCGUCAACGAAUUCUACCUGAGCGACACCCUCCAGAAGAGCUUUGCGUACGAGCUGGAUUCUGUCGCCACACCGCAGGAUCUGUAUGGCUGGGCUGGGGACACCCUGCUGCCUGCUGUCUAUAGAGAUGCUCAAGAAAUGGCCAUGGAUGGAAAUGCUUUCCUCGUGGGCAGCGUGAGGCUGCGGCAGAUCCGAACGGCUGCAGUUGCUCCACCAAAGCCUGGGCCGUUUGUCCUGCUUGACCCAGACGAGGGGAAGGAAACCGCACCCAGUUGGGGGCCUUCUAGCAGACGAGGAGGAGCCCACGAGACCGUCUGGGUAUACCAGAGUGAGACCACCUUGCAAGAGUACCCCAUCUGGGGGAAGAUGGGGCUCUACCCAGGAAGUGGUUACGUAGCCGAUCUGGGCACCAAUGCAAGUCAUGCCGCAAGGGUCCUUUGCUAUCUGGAAAGGAAUAAAUGGCUGGACCGACACACACAAGCCAUUUUUGUGGAGUUUGUGGUCUACAACGUGAACGUCAACCUCUUCUGUGUGGUCACGCUCAUCCUGGAGAACAACGGCUUAGGAGCCCUGCUGAACAAAGUGGACCUCCAAAUUCUCCACCUCUAUCCUAACGUGAACACAAUCAUUCCAAUGGCCUGCGCCCACAUUGCCUUCCUCCUGUUCCUCUUGUACUACCUCCUGGCGCAGGGCCAGAGGCUGGCGCGACAGCGACUGGGGUACUUCCGCAGCAAAGGGAACCUUCUAGAUGCCGGCGCUGUCCUUAUCGGUGUGGCGAUCGUUGGCCUCUAUGUGAAGAGGACCCUCCUGGCAGAAAGCAUCCUCAGGCAGCACCGCCAGAACCGCCACCAGUUCAUCAGCUUCUAUGGGAUGGCGGAGGUGGACUCCGCUUUGACGUACCUGAUUGCCUUCCUGCUGGCCCUGACGACGGUCAAGCUGUGGAAUCUCCUCCGCCUGAGCCCUAGGAUGUACCUCAUCACGCAGACUCUGCAGAAAGCUUGGGAUGAAGUCAUGGGUUUCCUCCUGGUCCUCCUGGUCCUCCUGGCGGGCUAUUCCAUCGUGUGCAACCUCCUGUUCGGAUGGAGCAUCUACGACUACAAGACCUUCUUUGACUCGGCUGUGACCAUCGUUGGCCUCCUGAUAGGGAUCUUUGACUACGAAGAGGUCAUUGCUUUGGACCCUGUGCUGGGCUCCAUCCUGAUUAGCACCAGCAUUAUUUCCAUGGUUUUCGUGAUCAUCAACCUCUUUGUCUCGGUCCUUCUGACUGUCUUUGGGAGGGAGAUGAAGGCCGCCAAGGCCAGCAAGGAGGAAUCCAUGAUGCAACUGAUUCAGCUGAAGCUCUCGCUCCUGCUUGGAAUCAAGCAGCGUGCUCAACAGGCAGAAGCACCGGGCCCUGGCGAAGGACAAGCAGCCUCUUGUGGGAUCCCUCCUCCUGUGAAGUGA